CGGGGAUCUUCCAGUACAGAUUGAGAGGAACUCCUACAAAACUUUUGGCAAAGUUGAUCAUUUUUCUAUUGUUAGAUUUCUACACUCUUAAGUAUGGAUAGCGCGAGGAUUCUGCUAUUUAUCGGAUUGGCGAUGCAUGCCUCUUUAUUGGCUUCUGGAAACCAAUACAAAGUGGUGUGCUACCAUAGUAACUGGUCACGUUACAGACCAUCCCCAGGUACUUUCACGGAAGCAAACAUCGACCCAUUCUUGUGUACCCAUCUCAUCUAUGCUUUUGGUGUUUUUGACGAUAAUGGCAACAUAACCCCACACGAAUUGGAUUGGGAAUUCCCCAGAUAUGUCGCCUUUAAUGAAGUCAAACUGCAAAAUCCCAAUUUGAAGACACUGCUUGCCAUUGGUGGUUGGAACUUCGGUAGCAUUGCAUUCUCGAAUAUGGCUAAUGAUCCUGUCAAAAGAAAGAACUUCGUUGAUACAAGUAUCAGUAUAUUAAGAGAUUAUAAUUUUGAUGGUCUAGAUCUGGACUGGGAAUAUCCCGUUCAAAGAGGUGGCGCAGCGAUAGAUAAAGACAAUUUCGUUACACUGUGUAAGGAACUAAUGAUUGCGUAUACGGCCGAAGCGGAUUCAUCUGGUAAAACUCGUCUGCUGUUGACUGCUGCUGUUCCCGCCAGCAGAGCUAAUAUACAAGCUGGUUACGAUGUUCCAGAACUCAACAAUUAUCUAGAUUUCUUCAACCUUAUGACCUAUGACUUCCAUGGUGGUUGGGAUAGUACGACAGGACACAACAGUCCUUUAUACGCUAGUCCUUAUGAUAGUGGUGAUUAUGCUCACUUUAACGUGAACGACACGGCGGCUUAUUGGCAUGAAGUUGGAGUUCCCAAAAACAAGAUUAUUGUUGGUUUGGCUACAUAUGGUCGAUCAUUUACGUUGAGUUCUACCAGUAAUUUUGGUGUAAAUGCUCCUGCUUCUACGGGACCUGCUGGUACACAAACUAGAGAAGCUGGAUUCAUGUCUUACUAUGAGAUCUGUAAUGAUAUGCAGACUGGUGGAUCAGUAAUGUUCGAUGACACUAUGCAGGUACCAUAUUAUGUGAAUGGUAAUGUUUGGGUUGGAUACGAUGACGAAAAUUCUCUGAGAAUAAAGGCUAACAUGAUUGCUGAUUAUCAGUAUGGUGGUAUGAUGAUUUGGGCUAUAGCUUUAGAUGACUUCAACCACAUCUGUUCAACUUCUACACGAACAUUUCCCCUCAUCAAAGCCGCUUCCGAGGUCUUAAAUCCAACAGGUGCUGCACCCUCUGUUGAUCCUGUUGUGCCCGGUGAUCCUACUGCGGCCCCGACAACGACCACCACGACUACUACCACAACGGCUCCAGCUACUGGCAGUUCUAAUACCGGUUUCUGUGCGAACAGAGUAGAUGGCUUUUAUGCUAACCCAGGAAGCUGUGAAAGUUUCUAUAAUUGUUAUGAAGGUCAGACUUACUUGACAAAUUGUCCUUCCGGCACUCUUUUCGAUGAAAGUACCAAUUCAUGUGACUGGGAAAUAUCCGUCAAAUGUAACACACCAUUGAUUAGAAAAUAGAACAUUUAGUUUAUUUAAGGGUCGAAGUGCUGUUUUUAUGUUGAUUUAAGAUAAAAUUUGGACAAUUAUUUUUAAAAUUAUCUAGUAAAUCUUUGAUAUAACUGCUUCAGAAUUGCAAACUAUUGGAUUCGUCGUGAUGUGAAUUAAAAGUUUUGUACAUGACCAGUAUAUACGUUUUGGGUUUUAAAUCAUAUUUUUAACGAAGCAUAAUACGGGAAAAUCUUAGGUUAAAUUAAGAUUUGCAAUGACUUUAUAUCAAGGUUAUGCAUAAACCUUUUGAAUUCCAAUUCAUAAAAUUUACUUUUUCAGUUCUUUUUUUAUCGAGAAUUUUAUUUUGCGCGGAUACUGAUCUUAUUACAAGCUAUGGACUACGGCAAUUGGAAAUAUAUUUAAAAAUUAUAAAAGUUAAUAGAUGUUUUAUUUAUAAAAAAAAUCAGAUUAAUUGAAUAAGUAAUAUAAUUGUAUUUUUGUGUAUCGAUACCCGUGAUUGUUAUUAUUAUUAUUCUUUAAAUUGUAUAUUGUUUUAAUUUAUAAUUCAUGUACC